AUGGUUCGCGGCUCUGUCGAAGGAACCGGAGACGAGGAAACUCUGUCGGAAGUCGCGCACGAGAAUAAAGAGUCAAGAAGCCACCGCCUUUCCGUCGCGUCUUCAGGGUCAGAUCUAGAAACGGUUUUCGACGACGACGCUACGGCGACAACGAUUUCUAGAGGCGGAUUUCAGCAGCGAAUGUUUGACUUUUUCGCAAGGCCGCUCGACGACUAUGCCGACAUGCUGCCCAGUACUGUGUUUCUUACAUUAGCGUGCGCCUUGGCCGCGGCAAAGGCCGGCGUUGUGGUGCCGAAGGUGCACGAAGAGGGUGCUUCGGUGCAGUACCGGAGCGAAGACGGUCUCGGCAAUUAUCAAUUCGGAUACGAUGAGAAACACACAACCGGUGGCUCGUUCCGCAAAGAGACCGGCGAUGGACUGGGUCGCAAAAUCGGAUCCUACGGUUUGCAUGAUGCCGACGGUCGGGUGCGUGUCGUCAAUUACGUAGCGGAUGAGCACGGCUUCAGAGCUGCCGUGCAGUCGAACGAGCCCGGUGUCGCCCCCGAGGAUCCUGCGGCCACGACCAUCAACAAAGCCCCGGUCGCUGUUCCCUACGCAGCUCCUAUGCAUCUCGACCACGUGACGGGCAUCAAUGUCGGUCUCGCUCAUUCUGUCGCCGCCCCUGUUCUCGGCGCGUAUUCCGCUCCGGUGGCUCAAGUCUCCGCUCCGAUUAUCGCUCCGGUCGGUUAUCAUAAGCAACCGAUGCACUUCAGCUCGGUUUUGGGGCCUUCGGUGUCCAACCUGAUCGGUGGUAUGCCCGCGCACAUCGGUUCGUAUCUUGCGGCCCAAGCAGCCCAUCCUCUGCAGAAGGCUAUCGCCUACAAUGCGCCGAUCGCUCCCGUCCAGCCCUAUGCGCCUGCUCACACUUAUGCGCCCGUUGCCGCCGCCCCGGCGAUUCCUGCCGCCCCCGUUGUCUACAAAGCCCCCGCGCAUUUCGGAACCGUGGUCGGACCGUCCGUCGACCACAUGCUCAACCACUACGUGCCUCAGCACAUCGCUGCGCAGAAAUUCUACCGAUCGCUACACAGUCCCGCCGUGCACUAUCAAGAGGCUCCCGUAGUUUCGUCGACCCUUGAGGUCGCUCCCGCCGCACCUGUCGCCUCAGCUGUUGUGGCCCCUGUCGCCGCCGCCCCUGUCGCGUCUUACGCUCCUGCAGCCGCCUAUGCGGCUGCCCCGGUGGCUCCUUAUUCUGCGGUUCCCGUGACUGCUUACGCCACUGCCGCCCCCGUCACCAAGUACGCUGCCGUCGCUCCCGUAGCGAAAUACGCCGCGGCUCCGGUCGCUUCAUACGCUGCGGCUCCGAUCACAUCGUACGCCGCAGCUCCAGUUGCGUCAUACGCGAGCGCAGCUCCCGUGGCCUCGUACGCUCCUUCCGUGUCGUACGCUUCUGCACCCAUUCGCUCCUACGGCGUCUCAGCAGCGCCGGUGUCACCUGUCAUCGGGAAAAGCCUGGCCUACUCAGCUGCCCCUGCUCUCGUGCAGAAUCAGUACGCUAGCGCCGCGUAUGCCGCCGCCCCUGUAGCCGCUGCUCCGGUCGUACAGAAACAAGUGGCCUACGGUCCCGCUGCCCUGGGUUACGGAACGUCUCACCACGCCUACUCGGGUCCAGCAGUUGCAAAGGUGUCUCCCGGUUACGCCUACGGCCCGGUCGCCGCCCCCGCCUACGCUAGAGUGUCGGCUGCCUACGCCGCCGCUCCCGUCACAAAGUUGGCUUCUCUACCGACUUACUCUACACCAGUUUACGCAGCUCCUUCUGCGAGCCGACCCAUCUAUAGCUACGGACCUCUGAGCGUUGAAUCGAGCAUCGCCAAGCCAGCUGUGUUCGCCGCUCCAGCUUUCGAUGAGCCCGCGCCGUUGGCAGGGCCCGUCGCCGCGCACGCUGUUCCAGCCGGGCCUUUGGUUGGAGCAUCGCUCGCUUCUACCGGUGUCUCUUCCGUGACAGCAAACGUCAAUGGUUACACCCACGAGCUCGUCAAGCCGAACGCUUACACCCGUGUAUACCACUACAUGUAUGGACAUUCACCGUCCUUCUAUGGAUACUCCUAUUCGCCGGUUCCUCUCGGCUACAGGAAAAAAUGA